CGUCAUAGCUUAUCCCAAUCACGUGACUGGCGACAUAUGUUGACAACAAACAAAACAUAUUCAUAUGAAGCCUGCUAUGUAAAUAAAUUCAGUCGUCUAUCUGAACACAACAGUAUGGCCAGUCAAGAGGACAUAUCCAAAUAUUUUACAGGUACACACGAAGUACAAGAAUGUGCUGAAGGUCAAGGUGAGGCAGAUCUACACACGCAGAUGGCACAUUGCAAGAAAACUCCUGGUCACCUGGGGUUUAUACCUGUCAAUAGAUUAACUAAUGAACAUUUCCCUUCUGGUUACCAUGACAACGACCUAUAUAAGUUUACAAAAGCUGUGGCUGACCUAACCGUCAGGAUAGCCGUUAAGUUCACCAGUCCAGACAGACCAGAGUUUAUUCCAGGCACUCAAGACCCAUAUCCGUUCUACAACUCCAGGGGCACCAGUUUACUCCGGACAGGGACUGGGAGGGUGUGUGAACUAAUCAAAGACACCGAGGGUACGAACGGCUCCAGACAUUGUCCAUGUCCUGAGUGUGAGCACUCGGCCACGCCCAGCAAGGUGUGGUGGGUGGUUCACGUGGUGACAGCCAAACACGUGGUGUAUGACACCAGUGAGGCGAGACAGUCCAGCUGUCGGCUGUGGUUUGAUAGGGAGAGAUGUCCAAAGGUCAACAUUUAUGGACGGGAGGUGCCGGGAUCAAACGUCGAUGGCGACCUGUGCAUGAUGUUUUGUUGGACCCACGACACGAGGACCGCUGAUAAACUGGAUGAGAUGCUGGGACGUUACGAGGAUCUGUGUGCUGUAGUACGGGACAAGUACGAGAGUCGUAGAGAUGUGGACAAGCUGACCAUCAUAGUGUCACAUCCUCAUGGCUGUUCUAAGCAGGUCUCUGUGGGUCACUGGGUACACAGACAGGAGGUGGGCAUGCUAAAACAGAUCCGGUACUCGUACACAGCCUGUACCUGCCCAGGUAGCAGUGGGGCUCAGGUGUACAGGGUGGGGUGGGGGUGGUCUGCCCAUACCCACAGUGGAGCUAACGCCAACUCUGGUGGAUUAAAUUACAGUGGGUUGGCUGGUGACACUGAUUGGUAGUUGUCUGCCCAUGUCUCAAUGUAAACAAACAUGGCGUUUGUUGUUUACAUAUUCUGUUAAGAUAAGCAAACGUUCAUAGAUCUUGUUUUUAGCGGCAUGAAAAAAAAAUUUCAACGUUCUACAACCGUCGAUUACAAUAAUACAAUUAAAAACUCAUUAAUUUGUGUCUUAUUAGCAUGUAAUAAAGAUGUACAUCUGAAUAAUAUAAGUAGGCAAAUGAUCUUUUAUAAAUUAUUUUUUGUUUGAUAGCCAAUAAAUUUCAAUAUAAUUUUAUGUUUUAUUUAAAUUAGUGUAGAGUGAUUUGUUGAAUCAAGGACAAUUUUUAAAUCGAAAAAAAAAACUUUCAAGAAAACAAACACUAAUUAAAGUUCAGGAGA